UGAGGGCGUGCGAUACUACUGGAGCAUUUACCGGUGGAGGAUACAGACAGACUGGUUGGUUGGGGACCGAGAGAGCCGCUGCCUGACUUUCUCCAGUCGUUCUAAGCUUGGAUCAAGAGGUGCGGCUACCUGCACAGUUGUGUUUGUCUGUAGAAGACCAGAGUAUCAGAAGGAACCAUGAAUUUUGUGAUGAAGCAAGCCUUAGGUGGGGCCACUAAAGACAUGGGGAAAAUGUUAGGCGGAGAGGAGGAGAAGGAUCCAGAGGCCGCAAAGAAGAAGAAGGAGGAAGAGGAGGAGAGACAGGAGGCACUGAGACAACAGGAGGAGGAGAGGAAGGAUAAGCACCGGAAAAUGGAGGCAGAAAGAGAAGUCGUACGACAGUCCAUCAGGGACAAGUAUGGCUUGAAGAAGAAGGAGGAGAAGGAGGCGGAGGAGAAGGCAGCCAUGGAGCAGGCCUGUGAGGGGUCUCUGACGCGCGCCAAGAAGGCCAUCCCAGCCGGGUGCGGAGACGAGGAAGACGAGGAUGAGGAGAGCAUUCUGGACACCGUCCUCAAGUUCCUCCCUGGACCUCUAAAGGACAUGUUCAAGAAGUAAUGAACACAUCGACAACAACAACAACAACACAUGGUUCGGUCCAGCCAGGGGGAGGGGGAGGGGGAGA